AUGGCGUCCACUCCCAAGUUCAGCAUCCCCCCAGAAUUUCAGGCCCAACUCGUCCAUAUCGAACCAGAGGACAAGCGCACCAAUGAAGAUAUUCUGGCUUCAUUGGAGCAGUACACACCCAUCACAUCUGAAAAGAACAUCUGGGCCUUCUGGGACAAGGGAGUUCGAAACAUGCCGGCCUGGUGCCAACGCAACGUCGCCGACUGGGUCAGAAUCUGUGGGCCCACGUGGACGGUCCGUAUCCUCGACGCUGUCCCGGGAUCACCCACAAACGCCCUGAAAUACAUCUCCGCCGACCUCCUCCCAGAAGCAUUCGUCAAGGGAACCAUGACGGGAGUAUACACUGGACCCCACAGCUCGGACUUCCUGCGCGGAGCCUGUCUGUACUCGCACGGCGGCGUCUACAUGGACACUGGAAACAUGCUGAUUCGCGACCUCGACCGCGUGUGUUGGAACCAGCUCGUUGAUCCAGGUUCACCGUACGAGGUAUGCGUACCUAUCAUGUACGCGACGGUCAUGGCCAAUCACUUCGUCGCAAGCCGCAAAGGUGACCCAUUCAUCAAACGCUGGCACGAGCUCUUCGUCCACCUGUGGAAAGACCGCCAGAACCACGACGGCCUGAUCUACCACCCGUUGCUCGCCUUCGCCCUGACUCUUACCUUCGAAGAGUCCCAACAGGCGAACUUCAAAUGGGACUUCAAGGUCGCGCCACAGACUGUGAUGGAGUACAUCAGCCAGGUGCUCUCGUGGCAGCGACUCUGCAUGCUCGAGGAUGCGGGAGACGGCUUCAACGCAACGGGAUACUGGUUGAACAAGGUCCUCGUCUAUGACUCCCUGCAGGAAAACUGGGCCGCGGAAGCGACCAUCGGAUUCGGCGGGCGGGUGCUCUUCAACGCGCUGGCCACGAGGCUCGACGCGCCGAAGGACUCGGACGAAUACCAGACGGCAUACAAGCUCGUGUGGAGGCUGUUGAGCGAGUCGACACUGCAGAAGAUCACGCACGGCAAGAAUCUGACGCAUACUCCUGCUGCAGGCGUGUUGUGGGAGGAACGCGGAAAUGAAGACAAGGACCACGAGCCAGGGACUUUCGCCGAGCUGUUCAGGUAUGGCACGGUGCACUUUCGGCAGACCAGGGAAAGCAUUCGCUACGUGGAAGCCGAGAAGCCGGCGACAACACUCAAAAAGGGGUUGCUAGAGCCUUAG